AUGGAUGCUCUAGAUGUUGUCCACAUUAGCAAAGGAGACCAGAAGAAUGUAUUUGCAAUGCUUGUUGCAGUUUUAUGGUUGAGAAACAUAUCAUUUACUGUGAUCAAUAAUGAAAAUCAUAUUCAAGCUGUUGAAGAUGAGGGGCUAUUCAACACUGCCAAGUUAAUUGGAUGUGAAAUUAAAGAUCUGAAGUUGACUUUAUCAACUCGCAAAAUGAAAGUUGGUAAUGGUAUUAUUGUCCAGAAUUUGACGCUAUCUCAGGCCAGUGAUGCAAGAGAUACUUUGGCGAAAUCUAUUUAUGCAUGUCUAUUUGAUUGGCUGAUCGAACAAAUAAACAAAUCACUAGCCGUUGGCAAAAGAAGAACUGAAACCAAUGGAACUAUUAUCCUUGACAAUGUGGUUCUCAUUCACAAUCAGUUAUUUGGAUCUGAUGACCUAGUCCAAGCUCCUAGAAUCUUUAAAAUUUCUGAUGUAGACCGGUUGCAUUCCUUCAGCGAGUCAUAUAAAUUAGGUACCAAUUUAGUCGAAGGUGCCCAUUCUCCAAAUUUGGCCAGUUUAGAUGCUAAACUUGUUCCAGAGCACUUGCUUUAUCUCUCGAUUGACCGCGGAAGGAAGUUUCUUUCGUCAUCUAAAUCUGCAAAUAGAUACAAUUUUUACAAGGAUUCAAAUGCUCACGAGAUUGAACGAAUGUUGAAAGUACUUGCACCCCUAAGACAACAGAUUAUGUCCAAUCUAAAUGAGUGGGAAGAACAUAAUGAUCUUCAAAAAAAUUGGCUGUCAUUGACAUGCUCCUGA